GCACAUCGCCUGCUCCUCUCAUCGCCGCAGGAUGCUGCCUUCGCGCCAGCUCGUCCGUCGCCUCGCUGCGCGCCCACCCCGCCGCCCCUCCCGCGCAUUCGCCUCCUCUUCCUUACCCCAGCUCAAUUCGGUCACCGAGGCCGACCUCGCGCACUUCGCCAGCAUCCUUCCUCCAUCCGCGAUCCUCUCCACUCUCCGACCCUCCAGCACACCUGCGUCCGAACUUGAGCCAUUCAACAAUGACUGGAUGAACAAGUACCAUGGGCGGUCGACGACCGUCCUCAGGCCUCGCUCGGUCCAGGAGGUCAGUGCGAUCGUGAAGCAUUGUAAUAAGCGGAGGAUUGGGGUUGUUCCUCAGGGUGGGAACACCGGGCUGGUGGGAGGAAGUGUGCCGGUGAAGGACGAGCUGGUGAUCAGUCUGGGGAACAUGUCGAAGAUUAGGUCAUUUGACGACGUCUCUGGUGUCCUUGUCGCGGAUGCCGGAUGCAUCCUCCAGUCCCUAUCUGAUUUCCUUAUACCGCAUGAUCACAUUGUCCCGCUCGAUCUGGGGUCAAAGGGCAGCUGCCAGAUCGGCGGAAAUGUCUCUACCAACGCAGGUGGCCUCCGUCUCCUCCGGUAUGGCUCUCUUCACGGCUCUGUGCUCGGACUGGAAGUCGUCCUCCCGGACGGUAUCAUCCUUGAUCUACUCAACAACCUGCGAAAAGACAACACUGGCUACGACCUCAAGCAACUCUUCAUCGGCGCGGAGGGCACACUGGGGAUUGUUACUGGCAUCUCCAUUCUGACUGCUGCUGCGCCACAUGCCUCGAAUAACGUCAUGCUCGCCCUACCUUCCUUCGCCAACGUCCUGCCUUUAUACAAAGAGGUCAAGCGGCAACUAUCAGAGAUUUUGUCUGCAUUCGAGUUCAUCGACCGGAGAGCGUACGAUCUGGCCGUGAAACACGGACAGGGCCGUGCACUGGAUGAUGCUGAUGUAAAGGGUGCAGAAUGUUUCGUGCUGGUGGAGACAAGCGGCAGUAACCGCGAGCAUGACGAGCAGAAACUCAACAAGCUGCUUGAGGAUUUGAUGGAUGCCGAGCCAUCGCUCAUCAACACAGGCGUGAUGGCGACGUCGCCUGCACAGUUUUCAUCACUCUGGGCGAUCCGAGAAGGCUUGACGGAGGCGAUGGCAAAAGAGGGAAAGCCAUACAAGUAUGACAUCUCGGUACCCCUUGACAAAUUCCAAGAGGUUGUGGAUACAACGAGGGAACACUUACGAAAGAAGGGGUUAUUGCACGAGGGUGCCGUCGAACAUGUGGUUGGGUACGGGCAUGUCGGAGACGGCAACCUGCACUUGAAUGUUGUUGCGGCCGCAUAUACGCCGGAGAUCGAGGCGGCCCUGGAGCCGUUCGUGUACGAGCUAGUUGGAAAGUACAAAGGCUCGAUAUCGGCGGAGCACGGCAUCGGCGUGAUGAAAACACAUGCACUGCAGUACUCGAAGAACGCGGUAAGCAUCGAGUGGAUGAAGAGGAUCAAGCACCUGUUCGACCCGAACGGGAUCAUGAACCCAGGCAAGGUGUUGGAGCUGUGAGGCUGGACCAGUGUAAUGCCUGCUGUGUCUCGGAUAUGCAUGUACAUAAUAAUCUGCAUCACUAUAAAUGCUUGCGUGCGC